AGGACUAACUGGCGAAAGGAUCAACUCCAAUCACAGUAGUAACAGUCUUAACAUACCUCAUACUACAAACCACAUAUAAUUAAUCCCAGCACUACUCCCUUUGGAGUCAACCAAAGCUACGACAGUCGAGUGGCGGGACAAGCUACGCAGAAGUUUACCGAAGAUCAAGAACCUAUACCUCACAAUCAAGAAGCGAGCACAAAGAAAUCAAAUUGGUUUAUACUAGCUCGUAAAAACGAUAUUGGAUAUUGGAUAUUGGAGGUCACUGCUGUUGUCAUGGUGAAGUUUUACAGCGCAAUUUUGAAUAUUUUUACUAUUGAUUUUCUUCUUUGUGUCCACUGAACAUUUAAGAACUAUGGUGCUGGAAAAUACCAAACGUGCUUCUUCCGGACUGGAUGAUAGCUGUAGUGAGCCAAGUUCAGAGAGUGAGACUGAAUUAGAAGACGAUAUACCCGAGAGAAGACAAGAUGCAAAUGUUGACCUACCAUCUGAAUAUUGGCAAAUUGGUAAAAUGGUUAAAUAUUUGAAGGGAGGGAAUCAAACAUCGACUAUUAUAUCACUUUGUGCGCUAAGAGACAUGCCAUUGAAAACUGAAAUUUGUCAAUUGGCUGUUCGUGAUGUCGGUGGGAUUGAAGUUCUUAUCAAUUUACUUGAAACUGAUGAAGUUCGUUGUAAGCUUGGUUCAUUGAAAAUUUUAAAAGAAAUUACUAAAAAUCCACAAAUUCGUAAGGCUGUCGCUGAUAUCGGUGGUUUACAACCACUUGUAAAUUUGCUGCGUAGUCCAAAUCGUGAUUUGAAAUGCUUGAGCGCAGAAGUUAUAGCCAAUGUGGCUAAUUUUCAUCGUGCAAGACGUACAGUUCGACAGUAUGGCGGGAUAAAACGCUUGGUCGCCCUGCUCGACUGUCCUAGUUUAAACAGUGUGCCAAUGACAAGUGAAGUUGAGCGUGAUAUCGAAGUAGCACGAUGUGGUGCAUUAGCUUUAUGGUCGUGCAGUAAAUCAAGAAAAAAUAAACUUGCUAUGAAACGUGCUGGCGUUAUAUCACUGCUUGUUCGUCUACUAAAAUCUCCACAUGAAAACAUGCUUAUUCCAGUGGUUGGAACUCUGCAAGAAUGUGCUUCUGAAGAAAGUUAUCGUAUUGCAAUACGUACAGAAGGUAUGAUCGGGGAUUUAGUGAAAAAUUUAAAACGGGAUAACGCUGAACUUCAAAUGCAUUGUGCUUCGACUAUAUUUAAAUGUGCAGAAGAACCUGAGACACGUGAUUUAGUUCGUACACACGGUGGUCUAGAACCAUUGAUAGCACUAUUAAAUAAAGAAGAUAAUAAAGAGUUAUUGGCGUCUGCUACUGGAGCUAUUUGGAAAUGUGCAAUUUCCAAAGAGAAUGUGAAACAAUUUCAAAAACUUGGAACAAUUGAAAAAUUGGUGGCAUUGUUGAAUGAACAACCGGAAGAGAUGAACAACUAUCUCUAUGUUGAUUCAGUGUCACCUAGAAUACAAUUAGUUGCAAGAACUGAGAAAGUUUUAGUAAAUGUGGUUGGUGCGCUUGGUGAAAUGGCUAAAGAUGCAGCCAAUCGAAGUGCUAUACGUAAAGCUGGUGGGAUCGCACCUUUGGUAGCCCUGUUAACAAGAACAAAUCAAGAAUUGUUAACUAAUACAACUAAGGCUGUUGGAAAAUGUGCUGAAGAACUUGAAAGUAUGAGUAUUAUCGAAAGUUUAGACGGUGUACGCCUGUUAUGGUCCUUGUUGAAGAAUCCAAAUCCUAAAGUUCAAUCCUAUGCAGCCUGGGCACUAUGUCCGUGUAUUCAAAAUGCAAAGGAUGCUGGAGAAUUAGUACGUUCAUUUGUUGGUGGACUUGAAUUGAUUGUCAGUUUAUUAAGAUCUAAAGAUCCAGAAGUUUUAGCUGCUGUUUGUGCUGCUGUUUCAAAAAUUGCUGAAGAUGAAGAAAAUUUAGCCGUAAUAACUGACCAUGGUGUAGUCCCACUGUUGUCACAUUUAACACAUACGAAAGAUGAUUGUCUUAGGUGUCCAUUAACUGAUGCGAUAGCAAAAUGUUGUACAUGGGGUACAAAUCGUGUUGAUUUCGGUAAUUGUGGUGCGGUUACGCCUAUUGUUCAAUUUCUUAAAUCAUCUGAUCCAAAUGUUCACAGAUCAACUGCUAAAGCAUUAUUUCAACUGAGUCGUGAUCCAAAUAAUUGUGUUGCAAUGCAUCAAGCAGGUGUAGUGAAGUAUUUAUUACAAAUGGUCGGUUCACCAGAUCCAGAACUUCAAACAGCUAGUGCUGGUUGUAUAAGUAAUAUUAGGCGAUUAGCCUUAUCCAAUGAAAAAGCCUAUCUAAUUAAACUGCAAGAGAAUAAUAAAACUGAAACUAAUAAAAAACAGGCUACACGAAAAAUGAAUAAAAAUAAAGAAUCUGUUGGUCAAGCUCACCAGCAACAAGAAGAUGAAGCAGAUCAUCAGAAGCAAAAGAGGAAAGAAAAAAAACAACCAAUUGAAAGUAAUCAUAAUGACAAAAAUUUGGUGAAUAGUGAAGAUCAAACUAAUGCAGAUGACACAGCGGUUGGUACAACACUUGCUGAUGAAACAGAGGUGACAACUGGAGAAUUACAAACAUCUGUGGAACCAACAUCGCCUGACGAAAUCCGCCCAGAGAGCACUGGGGUAUCUUCGAAAUAGACACAUUUAAAUAUCUAAUGCAUCCACAGAUAUGUCUUAUCUUUUAAAUCCGAAUUCUACUUUCAUGCUAUCAUGCAGUUAAAAUGAAUUUGCGAAAACCAUGUAGGAAGUAAAACCGUAAAAAAAACAAGAAAAGACUAAAACGACUCUAUGUUUAAUUUUAACACAGAUAUGUAUGCAGAUAUUAUUUCUUCAUUCUUAAGUGGAGAAAAAAGCCAGUAUCAUAAUAUUCACAU